AUGAAUACAGCAUAUUGUAUCGAUAAGACAGCUGUGAUGCCUCCAUAUUGCAUAUGGGAUUCUAAAGCAUUGGCUAUACGUCAGCAGAUAAUCAAGAAGUGUGAGAAUAUGCUGAGGGAGUACCGCACCUCUUCCCGUUUUCUUCUAACUGAACCAUGCCGUCCGCUAAACGUCUACGACUAUUCAUUCGAUCUGCUGAGCCGUCAUGCACUCGACUGA